GGCCCCGCCCUCGGGCGGUGCCAGCUGGUGCGGGAGGGGUGCGGGGGCUGCAGCCGGUGGAGCGGAGCAGACGGGACGGGACUCAGGAAGCAGCGCUCCAGCCGAGGGACCCAGGAGUCCGGCCACCUUCCAGCGUGGUGAAAUGCCCCCAGCAUGGCCCCACAGCCCGAGGAGCGCGCCCUGUACCUCUCCAUCUACCUGCUGACCAUCCUGACCGGCUUCCCCACCAACUUGCUCGCCCUGCACGCCCUCAUCCGCAAGCUGCGGCGCAAGGCCACCCCCAACUGCAUCCUCCUGCUCAACCUCACCCUCUCCGACCUCUGCUUCCUGGCCUUCCUGCCCUUCAAGGUGGCCGAGGCCGGGGCCGGGCGCUGGCCGCUGCCCGCCUUCCUCUGUCCCCUCAGCGGCCUCUUCUACUUCAGCACCAUCUACUCCAGCACCCUCUUCCUGACGGCCGUCAGCGUAGAGCGCUACCUGGCCACGGCCUACCCCAUCCGCUACAAGCUGCGGCGCCGCCCCGCCUAUGCCACUCUGGCCAGCCUGGGCCUGUGGAUGUGCUCGUUGGCCCACUGCAGCAUCGUCUACGUGACCGAGCUGCAGCCAGGCAGCGGGCCGGCCAACGGCACCAGCGCCUUCUCCUCCUCCAGGGACCUCUGCUACGAUGACUUCACCCCCAGCCAGCUGCAGGUGCUGCUCCCCAUGCGCCUGGAGCUGGGCAUUGUCCUCUUCCUGGUGCCCUCCUUGCUCACCUCCUUCUGCUACUGCGGCUUCAUGUGGGUAGUGGUCUCCUCACCACACCUCCGCCGGGGGAAGAAGCAGCGGGCUGUGGGCUUGGUAGCCGCCACCCUCGCUGUCUUCAUCGUCUGCUUCACGCCCUACAACGUCUCCCACGUGGUGGGCUUCGUCCAGCGGGUCAGCCCGGCCUGGAGGGACAAGGCCCUGCUCCUGAGCACCUUCAACGCCAGCCUGGAUCCUGUCAUCUUCUACUUCUCCUCCUCCGCAGUCCAACACUCCUGCUGCAGGUUCCUGGCCCGGCUCUGGGGGGUCUGCUCCCUGCCCCCCUUGGCCAGGAAGGUCUUCUACCGACAAACAGAGAAGCUGACGCCGGGGCAGCCCCAGGAGCAAUGCAGAGGCCUUGGGGGCGGCCAGGUUUGCUGCUCCAAGCUGUGAUCCCAGCAGUCACCCAUCCCCAGCCCUCAUAGACUGACUUGACUGUGGGGCAGUCCAGUGGGUUAGGAAGGCAGGACUCCUGGGUUCUAUCCCUGGUGCUGGGGUCCAGUGGGGUUGGAGCAUGGGGCUGGGAGUCACGACUGCUGGGUCCUAUUCCCAGAUCCACAUCUUCCCAGAGCCGCUCUCCCUGCCCCCCGCUGCCCGGGAUCCCCUCUUUGGGGCCAGGACCAAGCUGGAAAGCACCAACCUCAUGACAUGAUCAGGUCAGGACUGGAACCCACCGCUGAGCCAUGUCAAGGCCCCAUACCCCCUUCCGUUCUCCAUUAGAGGCCUCUGCCAUUCACCGUAUAGAAGGAAUCCCUGCCCUGCAAGGCUGAGCAGACAGAGCCCAGGUCUGUUGGCCUGCUUCGUGACUUCCCCACUCUGUGCCUCAGUUUCCCUCAAUGGACAGUGAGGAUAAUGACACUGACCUGUAAAGCAUUGUGGGAUUUAGGGACCAAGAACCGGCUACUGGGACAUCAUCAUCCUGGGACAAACCAGGUGCCUUCCUGUUGGGAUUAUUAGCAACACGGCCCUCCUCUCACAGAUCCUCUGUUGGGACUCAAACCCUCCACCUUGGUACCAAAACACACACCUAUGCCUCCUGCCACAAAGCAGCAAUGCGGUGGGCGGGCGGCAGUUGUAGGCUGUUUUCUGGGCCGGGGAGAUGAGGCCCGCUCGCAGUGCACCUCCACAGCAAGAGGGGGCGACAGAGAGCACUAGCUCUCAUGGAUCGCAAUGGUGGGAGACGUCCUGCUGGCAGUGCAUGGCAUGGGUUUGUGCAGCAUGAGACUGCAAUGCCUCCCUCUGGUGGAGUCGCUGGGUACUGCAACACCCCCUGGUGGCCUCUUAUGGGAAUGCAUCCCGCUGGUGACCUCAUCUCAAACUUUGAUCAUCCAUUUUGCUGCUACCCCCCAGAUUUGUCCCCGCCUGUGCCUGUGGGUCCAGCCAAAGGCGCCUCAUUAGGCUCUGUAAUCACGGCAAAGAGAAGCUAAUUAAAGCGGCUGACGCAGGGCAUUGAAGCAAGAGGCUUGGAGUCAAUCGGGCCACUGGUUUCUAUCCUGGAGAAUGUGACAUGGUCUGGUUAUCGAGGAGAUAAUGGAGUGUGUGAAUGUAACCUACAAACAGGACUGGUUAGCAUGAGGAGGGGCUGGGAAUCAGGACUCCUGGGUUCUAUCCCAGCUCUGGGACGGGUGCAGAGUCUAGUGGUUAGAAGGGGGGCUGGAAGUCAGGACACCUGGGUUCUCUUCCUAGCUCUCCCUCUGGUCGCCUGCAUCUUAUCCCAUAUCUAUGCCUCAUUUGUCUCCUGCUUGUAUAACAUAUAGAAUUAUAUUUAUCCAGCCCCCGAACAAAAAUAACAUUUAAUUAGCUAAUGUUUGCAAAGCACUCUAUGUACCUGGCUGGGAGACAGGAAUAAACCCUCCACCCUGAGUGCAAAAGGGCUUUGAAACAAGCCCUCCAUACUGAGUGUGAAAGGGCUUUGAAACAAGCGCCGACUGGCAGUUCUGCAAUAUAUGGGAAGUCUUGUUAGUAUACAGAGGGGAAACUGAGGCACAGAGCAUGUACAGGAGUUACCCACAUUGACACAGGAAUAGAACCCAGGAGUCCUGGCUCCCAGCCCCCUCUCCACUAAUCACUAGAACACGUCAUUUCUAUGCACAACAAUUUGUAAAGUGGACUCGACUCCUUGAGGCAGAAAGAUGCUAUAGCUUGAGGGCCAGACCCCCAGCUGGGGUCAAUGGGCCUAUUACGAACUCACAGGUCAUGCCCACUCUUGGCCCCGUACAGUCCCUGGGGGGAACCCCCUUCAGUGCAACAGCCCUUCUUGGGGGUCCGCUCUCUCUCAGCAGUUAAGCCCCUCUGCCUCCUGGAACCGCACCUCUCUGAGCCUUAGCACGCCUGUCCCUCUCCGUGGGCCCCCGCAGGGAGUCCACUUACUCUGGACCCCCGGGGCCUCCACUCCCAGAGGGAAUAAUGCCCCCUGUUCUCUAGACCAGAGCGACUCUCAGCCAGCGUAACACAGGAGGGGUUAGUGAGUGUCUGAACCCAGCACAGGAAACUCUCAGGGCCUCAGGCCUGGCCUCCCUCAGCGCAGCAGGGGUGCUCUGCCUGCUCUCUCCCUCCAGUCCCAAGACCCUGCACUUUCCGGCUGGGCAUCAGAUAUCACCUGCCCCAACAGCUCCUCCCUGCCCUUUAUCUUCUGUCCAGGUAAACAGGUCGCUGGGGCCCUCUCUCUUCUGUCCUUUGUUCCCCUCUGGCUGGGUCACCGGGGUCCUCUCUCCUCAGCCCUUUGUCCUCCCACUGGCCAGAGCCGGCUGACGGCCAAGCUGGGGUUGGCCUCUUAGUCACCAGGUCAUCAGUUGUUAGGGUUCCCCAUCUCCAGGCCGUUUUCCAGGGGACUGGCUGCUAGGCGAGGUCACACCUGGUUCUCUGCAACAACAAACCGUCUCCCACCGCCUUAUUAAACAUGCAGCACACAGGGAAACUGAGGCACGCACACGCUAUUCAUGUAAAACACGACAAAAAUCCGCAACUUCGUCACAGGGCUAUAGCUCCAUUGAAGUCAGUGGGGUCAGAUUCCAGCUGGGAUCAAUCGGUCGGAGCUCCAUUGGGAUCAAUGGGGCCAGAUCUCUGGUGCCAAUCAGCGACACCUACACUGAUUUGUCACUAGCUGAGUAUCUGGCCCAGUAUUUGAAUUUAUGUCUCGUUCCAGCUGAGAGGAAGUGGCACAACGUCAGAUUUCCGUGCUAAGGGCUGUUUGGAGAUUAAUUUAU